AUGUCCCUCGCAACCUCCCUCCUCCGCACAGGAGGCACAACCGCCCGAUUGACCAACAGCAGCACGACCUCCACAACCUUCAUCUGCUCGCAAUGCCGACAUGCGACGCUGCUGCGCCGGCCCAAGAACCCGUACACAUUUACCCAGCUGAUCACGCUAUCGGACGGCAGCACGUUCACGCACCGCACCACCUCCCCGGCCCCCGUGUACCGGUCGACCCGCGACACGCGCAACUCGCUGCUCUGGAACCCCUCGUCCAGCAAGCUGAUGAACGUCGAAGAUGAUGAGGCCGGACGGUUGGCUGCUUUCCGAGCACGAUUUGGGCGCGGCUUCGACGCGAACACCCCCGUCGAGGGCGAGGAGAGCGGCAAGAAGGAAUUGAGCAAGGAGGAGGCCGCCGCCGAGGCGGCCGCGGCGCAGGAAGAGGAGGAUAAUCUGCUGGAUCUGAUCAGUUCGUUUGGGCAGGAGUCCCAGGAGCAGGGGAAGAAGAAGAAGGAUUAG